CAACCGCAACGGACAGAGGGCGAAGAAACGAACGCACGAUGGACUUCUGGGACCAAAUAUACUUCAAACCUAUGAAGAUCGUGUCCUGCUUGGCUGGACAAUGGCCCUACCAAUCGCCGAUGGAGCGAACCAUCAUCAGGUCUCUGUUGGUUGCUGCUGUCGGCAGCCAAAUAAUAUCUCAGAUUGCAGCAGUUGCCGAACACUCGAACGAUCUCGACUUCUUCAUGGAGCUAGUCCCUCCCUUUGUUGUUGAACUCACAUGCUUCACGAAGAUGAUCAAUUGCUUUUUUUUCUUGGGUAAGAUAAAAAUUCUAUUGGAGCAACUGCAAGAGAAUUGGAAGUUUUUUCCAAGCGGUCGUGAGAAUGAGUUGCUUCGCGAGCAUUCUCUAUUUGGAUUUCAAAUGUCGGUGUUGUUUAUAGGAACUUUAUACAUAUCUGGAUUUGUUUUUGGGACGCAGCCCUUUCAAGCCAUUAUUUUACACUUUGUUCUCAAUUCGAAUGGUAGUGUGCCACAUCAGUUUCUUUUUCCAGCUAAUUGGGGGCCCAUUGAUGCUGAUAAAUACUACUUUCCACUCAUUUCAUUGUCCGCUUUAUCUAUUUACUGUGUAGUUACAAUGCUCGUUGCCAUUGACUGUGUCUUCUACACAUGCUGCGGGCAUGUUUGUGGAUUAUUCGCCGCAUUAGGGCAUUCAAUAGAGCAUUUCAAUUUCAAUAAUGAUCCGCAAUUGGGAGACGAUGGAUUCGCAUUUCUUCGGCGAUGCAUUCAGAUACAUAAUAGGGUAUUAGAAUUCAUAAGUGUAAUGGAGGAUGUUUUGACGGUCAACUUCUUGAUAAUGCUCGGAUCUGUUACGAUGGCGAUGAGCUUAACCGCCGUGCAGAUGGUAAUUAAUUUCGACGCCGUAGUGAAACUCUUGAAGAACCUGGCAUUCGCUAUCACUCAAGUUACCCAGCUUGCCAUCAAAUGCUGGAUGGCUCAGCGGGUCAUGGAUAUGAGUCUCAAUAUCAAAUUCAGCCUUAUUAACUCGAAAUGGUACCUCGCCUCUCCGAAAACCCAGAAAUUAAUAGGAUUGAUGAUUAUGAGAAGUGAAAUUCCGUGCGAGAUUACAGCUGGCAAAGUCAUCGUUAUGUGUUUGGAAACUUUUUCAUCGACUGUAAGGCUCUCCGCAUCGUAUUUUACAAUGUUCCUGGCUCUGCGAUAAACAUUGAACUCAAAGAAGAACGUUUGAUAGUACAGGGGGAUUCCCCUUAGUUUUCUGCUCACGAGCUCCACAAAUCGAUUUUCUAUCGACGAAAAAUCGCAGGAGUCACUCCUUGGGGUGCUCAUCACUAAAAUAUAUUCAUUUCCUGACGGAAAUUUUUGUUUUUGUGUUUAGGGGAGGGUGGGAUAAUAAACGACUUUUU